GUUCACUGUCAUCCCGGCCGUCGUCGACGUCGUCACGUCGACCGACAACGAAUGUGCGUUUUUUAAACACGACGUCGCGAGUAAAGACUUAGAUUUUCUGAACUGAAUUGAUAGAGUUAAAAAAAAUUAAAAAGAAAAUAAUUUUCGUUUUAAUUUUUUUUGAUAAAUAUGGCUAUUCCAUUUGCCGUCCCCGGACAACCUCCGGUUUCUCCGGAACGUCUUCGUGAACUUUACGAUUUUCUUCAACAAUUGCUCAUCGUGCGCCAACAGCAAAAUCAUCAUCGUCAGGAAGAGGUCGUGACAACACGAAGAGAAGAUACCACCAGCGUUAGAGCGUCUGGACGCGCCGCCGAUGGACGGAUGUUGUCCGCACUCUCGGACGCUCUCCAUACUUCCCGAAGACCACGACGUCGUUGGCCCAAGAGUCCUACUCAUCACGAUGAUUCCUCCAACUCUAACUCAGCCGCCAAGGAAGCGCAAAACCAACGGUGGAAACGCGUUGGUACCGAAUUAAGAAAAAUUGCUGACGAAUUCGAAUCGGCUGCAUUUGAGGAGGUAGAUGAUGUAGAUGAAGUCGAUUCGUCAUUACCUUGUUGUUCGAGAUUGUCAACAUCAAAAGAACGAAAAGGAACAUUUUCCAAGAUAUUGUCAAUGCCAGUGAUGGUGAGUUCGAUUUGUACGGCGGUGCUGUGCGUUGGAUGGCAUCUGUUACGAAAUCGGUAACUCGGCAAGUAAUAAAAAAUGGAAAGUGUUUUAAAGGAAGGCGAAAGGAAGUAAGCAGCAGCAGCAGAAGCAAAGAGUAGCAGCACCCAAAACCAAAUUGAGUAUAGUGUUUUUUUCUUUUUUACGUUUAUUUGUUUGUUUGAAAACGCGUCUAUAGGGGUUUUAAUUUUUAUCCAGUAGCUUAUAACGUUUUAAUUUUUUUUAAUGUGUAAGCGUGCGCGUCCCUCGACGAGAGAAGGGCCCAAUCAAAAACGGAUGAUCUCGUUUACCCUCUGAGUAACCGUCUCUACUCAGGAAUUUUAUUUUGUUUAUUUUGUUCCCAUUACGACAUUAUAUAAAUAUAUAUAUAACCUAAAUGUUUUUUGUA